AUGAACCAAUACACUCAAACAAGAUGCGGUUCAGAAUCUAUCCAAACAGCUCCUAUGCAUUCCGAGUCUCCGACGGGGAUGUUGAGACCCACAACAUCAGUGGCUACUGCACGGUAUGGCAAGUCGCCCAGCAUCUAUUCUUAUCACACCGUCCUACCCCCAGCAUACCUUAGCGCUCCCAGUUCUCUCAACAUCCAACUGAAAUGGAACUCAUAUGCUCAUCCGGAGGGCCAGUUGUACUUCAAAACGAGCCUUCCAAACUACGUCGUCGUGACAGAAGCCAAUGUUCAUACCAAAGAGACAGAGAACCAGGUCAUUGGUUGCCUCAAAUUCAUCGAUGACACAAUCUCCCAGCAGCAAAUUAUAGUACCGCCCUCGUCGGAGCUAUUCAUAGAGCUUGAUGAAUCACCAUUCUCCUGUGCAUACUACUUCGUAGAUCAUCAUACCCGGCGUAUCUUCUGGAUUGAACAAACUUCCACAGAACUCCUUGACAUGGGAACCAUUGUCUCUGACUCCCAUCUUGAUAUCGCAUUAGAAAGGCUGUACUGGGUGCAUGUCGAAUUCUUCCCAAUGCACAUAUGCGCACACAUACCGCCUCAGGUGAUAGACGAUCUGAUCGGCGUAAUGUCUCAUGGCGUAGCAGACCGGCUGACCUCACGAUCAUCCACAUUUCCAUACACUGCGGAAAGAUGUAACCAACUGUUGCAGCUACUGUCUCUGCAACGAGGUCGGGCCCUUGAUGGGCACACAUUAUGUUUUGUUGCUCGUCUAUGGGGCGCAAUAGACAACCAGCGGUUUUUGACUUACUAUGGGCAAGAAUACGCCCAGUUGGAUAGGCUACAAAUCAUGACGCCCGAGGAAGAUAUGGAUCACCAAUGGGUGAAAACCAUCGCAAACUUAGCAUUAUGGGGAAUCCCGGACAGAUUCUUUUCUGGACUCCAUGAUCUAUUUGCAAACGAACAGGUGUUCGUCGACCAGUGGCAAAUUUUCAUGACCGCAUGCAUUUCAGAGUGGCACACGGCAGUUGUUUGGACAUUUCCGAUAACGAUUGCUACCAUCCUAUCUUGCCUCCUAUCUCGUGCUUCUUUGUCAUCUGCCUUGCCAGCGAUUCUCUCAGCGUCUGGGAGCCUCGCCACAGGGUCGAUCCUCCUCCUUAAGCACCACGGCCUAGAAGACGCUACUGCAUCAUUCGCCGCACGCUACCUGAGGGCCGCAAAGUCACGCUCCAUUGGGAUGCUUCCAUCCGCCAUUGUAUUUAGUCUGCCAAAAGCCCUCUAUCUAUGGAGCAUCGUCCUCAUGGUGGCUCACUUUCUCUUACUGGCGUCUCACGUAGUCGGCGGACUCGCCAUGUUUGGAGGCGCAUGUUUUUUGAUACUGCUUGUUUGGGCUGCGCUGUACGCUACAUCUCCAGAUGAGUACGACCAGAGUUCUAUACUUAGUAAAAUUCUCUGUCGCUGGCAUUCUAUUCAAGGAGAUACUCACGGGGCAGGUUCAUCCGUAUGA